UGUGUGUGAGCUUUGAAACGAGGAAAGCGAAAGUUAAAAGAGUGUCCCCGCGCCGCUUCGUUCAGCGCAGUUGGCUUUUUACUGUGUGAGUUCCUCUGCUGUUUAAAAGGCUCCCAGCAAUGCGUUUCCCAACGCGGACGUGAAGCUCGCUUCACAGCGCCCUUGGCCCCUUUUUUCCUGCCUCCUGCGAACACUUUUCUUCAUCUUAGAAAAAAAAGAAAAAGAAAUCUUAAUUAAAUUAUAAGACUUCAACGCGAGACCCUAUGCAGCUUAACUUUAACUUACUUUAACUUGCCGUAUCCCUCUUUCUUCUCUGAACUGACCCAUUUAAACACGUUUGUGUGCGCGCGAGUCUUUUCAGGGAGCAAAAAAAAAAAGGCAACAAAGCCUUUUUACUGUAACCCACGGAUGCGUGAUAAAUUACUUAGUUUUAAAAAAAGUUGUAAAUGCCGUGGAAUCUCGUGACAACAGUAAAUUUGCUCCCUCCCCCCCGAGGUGUGUAUUUUUUAUCUUCUUUUUGGACUGUGUAGCCCGGAGUUAACAUAUGGCAUAAAGGGGAGCACAGCUGGAGGUAGCGUUUCCAUUGCGGUGAUGUCAGAGCAGCUGACUCCACAGCUUGCAGUGUAAUUAGCAAACAGAGCACCAGUUUACUCACUCUGCACCGGUCUUAUUUUGUUCACGUUGCCUCCUUCCCCCGAUGGUCGAGUGCUGUCGCUCCCAAUCCCGCUUUGCUUGUCCUGUAAACACCGCUGUUUGUGUGUGUGUGUGUGGUGUGUGUGUGUGUGCACUUUGGCUAUUUUUUUUUUCGGAAGCGCGAGGGCUAGGCUGUCGGACUACACUACUACAGACCGGAAUACUUUGGAUAAUUUGGAGAGUGGAUCCGUUUACACCGUGAUACAUGGGUUAUGAAGGAAGAAUGGAGUUCCCAGACCAUAGCCGCCAGUUGCUGCAGUGUCUGAGUCAGCAGCGUCACCAAGGUUUCCUCUGUGACUGCACUGUUCUUGUUGGGGAGGCUCGAUUCAAAGCGCACAGAGCCGUGCUGGCCUCCUGCAGCAUGUACUUCCAUCUCUUCUACAGGGACCAGCUAGACAAAAGGGACGUUGUGCAUCUCAACAGUGACAUUGUGACAGCCCCGGCUUUCAGCCUGCUCCUUGAAUUUAUGUAUGAGGGGAAGUUGGAAUUCAGCACUCUGCCUGUGGAGGAUGUCCUGGCAGCAGCCAGUUACCUCCACAUGUACGAUAUAGUCAAAGUGUGCAAAGGCAAGCUUAAAGACAAGGAACUUUCCUCCCUGGAUGAAAAGAUGGGAGAGGGUUUGGGACUCAGCUGUCUGGACAGGGAAAAUUCCUCAGAUGGUGAGCUGCACAGUAAGCAGCUCAUUCAGCGACAGCCCCAGACACCGUCUCAGGGGCUUCACAGGGCCCCCCCGGCGGAAGAGUUUGACAUGGACAACACUGAAGUCAGGCUGGCUGUCACAGAUUGUGAUAGGUCUACGCAGAGCAGGCAGAAGGCAAACGGUCACUCUGGCAGGUCCCCGGACCUUGUAGGUGUCAAUUAUGUGUCAGCAGAGGCCGAGCCCUGCGUCCAAACAGCUGGAAAAACAAAAGCUGAUGUCAGUAGUUCCACCGUAUUGCUGUCCCAGAGGUCCCGGGCUUCAGAUGACAUGGACUGUGCACUGGAUUUGUCUUUCAAGCCUCUGUCUAGCAGAGAUCCCUUACACCCCUCCUACGUCUCGGGACAGCUGGCCCUCGACAGCCAGCAGCAGGGCACUGAGCCACUUGUUAAAGACGAACACGACUUGCUGUCAGAGCAGGAGGACAGUGAGCCGAUGAGCCCUGAGAGCCAGCGCUUUGGGAAUAGUGCCAGGAGCUCAGUGGUGACAGGGUUCGCUGCCCUCUUCCCAGGCAACAACGGUUCCACAGCCGCCCUGCUCUCCCAGGAGGAGGACCUGAUGGACGAGGAGGGGGAGGCCUGCAGAGGGAGGGAGAGCGCCCCAGGCAGGGAGGUGGAUGGGAGGGGUAGACUGCUGGGGGACAGCGAGGAGGAGGAGGAAGACGACUUGGCCUCUUCAGACAUUUCCACCUCCAGUGGAGUACUGCUGCCCCCGGGGCAACAGGUGUGCAUGUGUCCCCUCUGCAGCAAAGUCUUCCCCAGCCCCCACGUGCUGCAACUGCACCUCAGCUCACACUUCCGCGAAAAGGACGGUGCCCGUUCCAAGCUGUCCCCUGACGGCUCGGUCCCCACCUGCAUGCAGUGCAACAAGACCUUCUCUUGCAUGUACACCCUUAAGCGUCACGAGCGCACACACUCUGGUGAGAAGCCAUAUACCUGCGGCCAGUGCGGCAAGAGCUUCCAGUACUCCCACAACUUAAGUCGGCACGCUGUAGUUCACACACGGGAGAAGCCUCACGCCUGCAAGUGGUGCGAGCGGCGCUUCACCCAGUCUGGGGACCUCUACCGCCACAUCAGGAAGUUUCACUGUGGCCUUGUCAAGACUCUCGCCAUCGGAUAAAACGCCUCUCACCGGUGCCACGACACAAGACAGAAUGUCUCUUUCAUACACUGAAUACUACUACUGAUCAAUUUUCCCAUCACUAUAUAAACAUGCUGGCAGUUUGUCUGAGACAUAUCUUUUGGAUUCUACCCCCACGUGGCAUUUCUCAAGUUAAACAUGUAGCAACGUUUAAACUGGAGCUGUUUCCUGUGCUGGACUGUGUCGUCAUAGCUGUACAUGAGGGUAAAAGACGGUUAGUCAGAGUGGCGCAGGCUGAUAAGCUUGACACGGUUGCUGUUGAAAAACAUCAGAUCAGUGUCAAUGAAGGUGAACAAAUCAGAUGAUGCACUUGUUUUCCUGUCUUUUGUGUCAGUCUGAGAUUAUUUGAGGCGUGUAUUUGCCGAGAGAUGAGGAAAAAAAGCAUCCUGCGUUCACACUCUGUGGGCAAGUGGAUGAUAGCUAAAGCUAACAUACGUUAAUACAAUCGUCAGAGAGUUUAUUUGUGCACAUGGGAGAUCAGAACCGUCCGCGAGUAGCAAUAUAUGAUUAUUUUUAACACCUACAUUAUUAUAAUUAUUCUAAUUAUUUAUUUGGGGGGAUUUGUUUAGUCCUUAACAAGUAAACUUAUCACAAGGCAGCAAAAGUAAUGAAGUCUGACUACUGGAAGUAUUCUUUUCUUUUUUUCUUUCUUUCUUUCUUUCUUUUUGUGGAGCUAAAAUGUUUGGUUUCAUUGAAAUGAAGUUUCUAUGUUGUUUUUGUGAGAAGAAGCAAGCAUACCAUCGCACCACCACCACCUCUUUAGUUGUUCACGUGAGCGAGCGUAGAAUACCCACUUAAAAAGAGGUUAAGAGUAUUUUAAAGGUAACGCCUGAAACACUGGUGCCUACUGUAACACUUAAAACUUCACUUAGUGUACUUACAAAGACAAGAAUGAGAUGAUAAUGUGAUGCCUUUUGGUUAAAUUCAGUUAAGCUGUCAGGCCUCUUAAAAAAAAAUCUGGAUUACACUCCACAUACCAGGUAGUAACAAAGGUAAUCCUCUACUGUGGAAGCCAGUUAAUCCGUGAGUGCCCUUAAUAAAAUUAGAAUGUAAUAAACCAAACUCAUGUCAACCUUUUUGUCAAAAAACACAAAACACACAGUUGUGAGUAAAUAACUUCAUUUCUUGGUUUAAAGGGUAUGCUGACAGUGUUCAGGACAGACUCUUUAGCAGGCAGAUGGGGGGGGGGAGACAGGUGGAUGUCCAGUAUCUUCUCUAUUGUUACCAUCAAAGCUGUGCCAUUCAGCUUAAUCUAGUGACCUUUUCUUUUUUCUUUCUUUCUUUUUCAUAACCUUUUCACACAAAUUUACUGGAUGUGUUUUAUGUUGCUACUGAGGACGUUGGAGCCUUUAGCGAUGCUGCUCUUGGAUUUCUUCUCUCUGUUCAUUUAGAUGCUGUAUGGAUUUCUUACCAGGGGGUGUAGCACUAAAAGUUCAUGAUUUUUGUCUAAUCUGUCCUGAGAAGACUUGAUCGGAAUUUAUUUAUUAGUCUGACUUGGUUCAGGGGUUUACUGUAGCGGUAGCUCUUAUUUCUAUAAGCUUGAAAGACAUUGCAUCUUGCCUAGCGAUCUUGGUACUCAUUAGCUGUUGUGUUUUGGGGCGGGCUGUCCACUUUUGGGUUGUUUUUUUUUUUCUGUGCAAAUUGAAGUUACUGUAUUUGUAUUUUAAUAUAUGGUGUAGAAAUCUCUACGGAGUAUUCAAGAUUUGUCAAACGGAAAAUAGAGAAGCACUUGAUUUUAGCAUGCGUAUAGUUUCAACACUAUUGUCUAGGCUGCUAUUUCUUACAAUUUGUAUAUUUAAUGUAAAUAUAUAUUAUAUUUAUCAAAUGAUUUUUUUUUUUUUUUCUUCUUUUUUUUUUUCAUGUUACAACCCAUUUAAGAUUUCGAUAGUCAGGUGUCGUGUUUAAGGCUGGAGACUCUUGAGCGUCACAUUUUCCCCGGGGGGUUGGCUCUUUUUCCAUAUUCAAGACUUUAUUGGACCCUGCCUCACCACAAAUCGGAGCAGUUAAUACUGCUAGGACGACUGUUCUACCAGAAGAAACAGUUGUUCACAAGCACAGCCACACCGAUACAGCACUGGGUACCUAUAGAAAUGACAAUACAGGUAUUGUCCCCCCCCCCAUCCCCUAUAAAUACCAGGUAGUUCUCAAGUGAUCAUGGUGUAUCCCUCUCCUAGCUUUGGGGAGGAAAAGCAGUUCAAGUCUCUCUUUGCACUUUCUGUAUUGAAUGGAGCCAUUGGAAUGUGAGAAAUGUAUUUAGCAAAGGGAGGCCAAGGAGAUUGUAAACAGGUGUAUUGUUUGGAGGCAUCAAAGAACACCCCCCCCCGUCAUCCCAGCAUGCAGUAGAUAAAUGCUUCAUUGUUCCUCUGCAUUGAGGAGAUAUCAGCGUCAUUUGGUUGCGCAUCAAUCAAGAGUAUUGUCCACCCCCUCCCCUCAGUGUUCGACUUUAAAAAAAAAAAAAAAAAAAAAAAAGUUCAAAUUUACAAUAGUUUUUCUUUUUUUUAAGUCAGUACGACUUUUUUAAAAAAAAAACAAAAUAUGCGUAUAAAAUAAUUUACUUUGGGUUUUCAGCAAUUUUUCCAAGCAAAAAAUGCCCCCCCCCCCCCCCUUUUUUUUUUCUUUUAAAUUCUACUCCCUGACCUGAACUCAGCUAUGGGGCUAGGUGGAUGAAAGCACUCCUGUUUGUCAUGCUUGCAUCACUUCAGUACCUUAUCAGAACAGUAGAUCUAUUUCAGUUAGAUGUGUCAUAGUGCUGAUGACAGAUAUUUCAAUCAGAACACAGAGCAGCUGUAGAUUCUGUGAGUCUGUUUUGGUUUGUUAAAGGAACAUUUGUACACGGUGCGAGUUGAAAUUGUUCUCUAAUGUACAUGUGUAAAGAGGUAGAAAACUAACAUCAUGUAAAGGAUUCUCUUUCUCUUGUUUCGAAGUCUUUAUUUAUAGCUCCAGGAUGAUCACCAAAUGUGCCUUGUAGACACACGCAUAGGUGUUGCAUCUGGAGAAGCCCUGUUUUCUAUACUGUACAGUUUUCGCCCUUGAUGCGAAAUGAGGCAGCGGUAAAGUUGGUAUCACAGCAACAAUGGCCCGCUGAAACAUUACAAAAAAAAAAAAGGAAAAAAAAAAAAAAAGAACCCUGCUGUUUUAUGUUUAAUCAUAUCAAAAUGUCAACUUAAGACUAAAGUAAAAUGUGGAAGUGCAUUUCUUAUAGCUGCUUUGCAAGAGAUUACACUGAAGUUUUUGAAAUGUGUGUGAAUAAAUUUUUGUUUCUGGACUUUUUUUGUGUUUUUGGCUUUUAUCAAUAGCCAUUACUACUGGGAGCUAACAACUUGUUCCACUUUUUUUUUUUUUUUUUUUUUUUUUUUAACUGUCACUGUUGAAUGUGAAACACUGAGAUUUUUUUAUUUUAUUUUUUAUUUUAAAUGGAUUGUUGACUUGAAACAGUGCUACUCUCAAUCGAGGGCGGCGUUUGCCUAACUCGUUGCUGUAUCAUCCUUGGAGUCUAAAAACGACUGGAAUUUUGUCCUCUGCAGGUUACAACUGUGAAAUUGUGUAUAAUCAUGAGAAAUAUUUAUUGCAUAUGCUUCUUGUGCAACAUUUUGACUGCCUCGGGUUUAAUUUGGUUUAAAAGAAAAAAAAAAGGAGGAAAAAAUAACUUCUAAAUGUCAAACGGAAAUCUUUUUAAUAGAAUUUGUAGAAGUGCCAUUAGAAUUUAAUAUAAUUUUUUAAUAAGAAAAGUAUAUUUUAUAGUAAAAAAAUUGCUUCAGUGUUAGUGGUGUAGAGAUUAGAGGACAAUCUUUAAGGAGAAUUGACAUGGCUUAGAUAUUGGGGCAAUUUACGUUGAUCUAUAACUGUACGUGCAUUUUCUUUUUGGGUUUUUUUUCCGAGUGUGCUUGUGUGUGUGUGCUGUGGAAAUGUGACAAUCUUGAUUUAGGUCUUUAUUAAGAUUAGAAUUAAAUGGAACAACUUUC